CAACACGUGUGACAGUGUGACAGAAAAUAAUAUAAACAUUCAAUUUUGCAGGUUAAUUAAUAAACAAUAUUAUAAACAAAAAUGGAAACAAUCACUGAAGAGAAUAUAAAAAUCGAAGAAGAAGAAGAAGAUGAAAACAGUGAAUUUUAUUUUGAAUCUGAUCACUUGGCAUUGAGAAACAACAAAGAUUAUUUAUCUCUUUUAAAAACAGUAGUAACAUUGGAAGCCCUGAGAAUAAAAUCACUUGAAGAUUUAGACACAUUGAUAAGUUGGCGUAAAAAAGCACUUGAUGAUCCAUUAUCAUUUGCAAAACAAUUACAAGAUGGUUGUCAUCUAGAGUUACCAGGUAGUCGUAAAAUACCAGAUAUUCCAAAAAUUGAUUUUAGCCAAUACACUGUUUAUGGUAGUGAUACAAGAAUGGGCCCACAAACAAGACCCAAAGAACCAGCACCAGUAUGUGAAAAAAAAAUUGAUGAUAAUAAAAGACUUGUUAGAGGUAGAAUAUUUGAUGACAGUAAACCAGAAACAUUUAAUCAACCAUGGACAGAUGAAGAACAAAUGAGACUUGAUCGUUUACUUGAAAAAUAUCCAGAAGAAACAAUUCAAAUGCGUAGAUGGACUAAAAUUGCAAAUGAAUUGGGUAAUCGUACACCAAAACAAGUAUCAAGUAGAGUACAAAAAUAUGAAAUAAAAUUAAAACAAGUUGCAUUGACAUUUAGAAAAGGUAUUAAAAGUGAAACAAGUACUCAUUCACGUUUAGGUAAACGUAAACGUCGUGGUAACAGAGCAUCAACAUUUUUUCCAUACAAAGAAUUUGAUAAUUGUGAAAAUCAUGAUGAUGUUGAUGAUAAUAAUAUGGACAUUGAUAAAAAUAAUUGUGAUAAUAGUAUUGAUGGUGUAUCAAGUAAUCCAAGUGGUUAUUGUGAUGACAGUAAUAGCUCUGAACGUAGUGAUAAUCAUACACAAAGAGUAUACAGUCAUAUUGAAAUGUUACAAAGAAUUAAAAAAUGA